AUGGUAGCUAACGAGCAAAGAGCUGGUUCUGAAAUGAGAGAGUCAUCUCAUUGUAAGCAAAGGUGGCAGAAGAUAAAUGACCAAGUAAGCAAAUUUUGUGGGGCGUAUGAAGCAGCAACUAGAGAGAAAAGUAGCGGCCAUAAUGAGAACGAUGUUCUCAAACAUGCGCAUGAGAUCUUCUACAACAACCACAAAAAGAAGUUGACUCUUGAGCACGCAUGGAAGGAGUUGAGGAAUGACCAGAAAUGCUCUUACGCGUUUGAAACCACCACUGGUGAAGAGGAGCAAGCAACCAUUCGUCCCGCGGGUGAUAAGGCAUCAAAACGCCAUGGUAAGAAGACGAUGGCAGAUGGUAAGGCGCUGAAUGAGUUUGAGAGUAUGUGGAGGAUCAGGAAGGAGGAUUUGGCUGCCAAAGAGAGGCUGACAAAGAUGAGGCUACUUGACUCAUUAAUCGGCAAAGAAUAUCUAGCCGAGUAUAAAGUAGCUUUCAAGAAGAAGCUCAUUGAUGAGCUUCUGUCAAAUUAG